ACGUUAAACAAAAGAACCUCCCCCUGCUUCCGCAGCCCCUCCGCCAGUUCACCACCGCCAAUCCACCUCCCGACUUCCCCGUCACCGUCGUGCUGCUGCGAGUCGCGCCGCAAGUUGCCACCACCGACUGCCAUUCCUUCAGCGAUCUCUGUAACUAUGGAGAAUUCAAAUACUCCAGCGUUUGAAUCGAACCCUGCCGAAGCUGAAACUGAGCAGCCGCCAACAGCUCCACCUUCUUCAAGUUCCGUAUGCAAUUUUUUCAAGAAACCAUCCAAGGGCAAAAAUAUCAGAAAGCGUCCUACGGUUGUGGAGGGGGAGAGUGACGAUGCAGAAGGUGAAAGUUCAGUCAUAUAUACCAAGAAAAAGCCAGCCAUUGCGGAUAACAAGCUACGCUUUUCUACUGGAGCUUCAAAGUGUAACAAGGCUACAGAAUCCAAUGUUGAUUCAAAAGCUCCAGUAUUUCAUUUUGAGUCCUCUAAAGAAAUUCAAGUUCAAAAUGAUAGUAGAGCAACAGCCACUUUAGAAACUGAGACCGAGUUCUCUAAGGAUGCCCGGGCCAUUCGGGAGAGAGCUUUGAAGCAGGCAGAGGAGGCUUUGAAAGGAAAAAGCAAGACUGGUGGGGAUGAGAAAUUGUACAAGGGGAUGAAUCAAUAUACUGAUUACAAAGCUGGUUUGAGAAGAGAACAUACAAUUUCUAGCGAGAAAGCUGGUGGAGCACAUGGUCCUCUCAGGGCUUCUGCCCACAUUAGAGUUUCAGCAAGGUUCGACUAUCAGCCAGAUAUUUGUAAGGACUACAAAGAGACGGGAUAUUGUGGAUACGGGGACUCUUGCAAAUUUAUGCAUGACCGGGGAGAUUAUAAGUCUGGGUGGCAGAUUGAAAAAGAGUGGGAUGAAGCUGAGAAAGAGAGGAAACGAAAAUUGGCUAUGGGAAUGCUCGACGAGGAUGAUGAGGAUGCUGAGAAGAGUGAUGAAGAUGAUGAUGACGCCUUACCAUUUGCUUGCUUUAUCUGCAGAGAGCCUUUUGUUGAUCCUGUUGUGACCAAAUGCAAACACUACUUCUGUGAGCAUUGUGCAUUAAAGCACCAUGCAAAGAACAAGAAGUGUUUUGUAUGCAACCAGCCAACGCUUGGAAUAUUCAAUACAGCAUUUGAAAUACGUAAGAGAAUGGCGGCUCAAGGAAAAUGAUGGAUCUUCUGCCCAUCAAUGUUGUUAAAAGUCAUUGCUUCGUCGCUCAAAGUGAUGCGAAGCAAGGGGUUAUUGCUUCACAGAUGAAGUCAUGCGCUUCAAACACGAUGUGCACAAUGAUCCAAAUGAGAAGUGGUCGGAUCUUUGAAUCUCAACUUUGAGGAGUUGGACUAAUGUACGCAUUACUGUAUAGUGGGUGCUGAAAUUUAGUAAUAUUAAUUGCAAUUUGACUACUGUAGUACUAAAUUGAUAUAUGUUUGGUUUUUUUUAUCGUGCUUCACUUCAGAGAAGUGUGCUCUUUACUUCUUGCU